ACACUUGCAAGGAACAAAACAAAGAAAUAAAAUAUCUCUUUAGUUAUCAGAUCAAGAGCAACAAAUGGCGGACGAGGUGAUUCUUCUGAGUUACUGGCCAAGUAUGUUCGGGAUGAGGGCAAUGAUUGCUCUGGAAGAGAAAAACAUCAAGUUCGACUACAGGGAACAAGAUCUAUUCAACAAAAGUCAGAUUCUCAUCGAGACGAACCCGGUUCAUAAAAAAAUCCCGGUUCUCAUCCACAAUGGUAAACCGAUUUGUGAAUCUCUCAUUGUGGUUGAGUACAUCGACGAGACGUGGCCUGGUGAAAACCAGCUCCUCCCUUCUGAUCCUUACCAAAGGGCUCAAGCCAAGUUUUGGGCAGAUUACAUCGACAAAAAGGUGAAUGGUCCGACGAGGUUGAUAUGGGCAGGGAAAGGAGAGGAGAUAGAAGCGGGGAAGAAGGAGUUCAUUGAGGUGCUCAAGACGCUAGAGACCGAGCUUGGAGACAAGACUUACUUUGGAGGAGAAACAUUCGGUUUUGUGGAUAUAGCUUUCAUUGGAUUCUAUAGCUGGUUUGAUGCAUAUGAGAAACUUGCCAGCUUCAGCAUUGAAGCAGAGUGUCCAAAGGUGAUUGCUUGGGCUAAAAGGUGUCUUAAAAGAGAGAGUGUGGCUAAGUCUCUUCCUGAUUCUGACAAGGUCACUAAGUACAUUCCUGAGCUAAAGAAAAGACUUGGUAUCGAGUAGAUGUGUUGAAUUUUAAUUUCUGUUCUGUAUUUUUUCUUUUCAAUUUCUGUCGUAUUUCUGUUUUGUUCGGAGUCAUCAUAAUAAUGUAACAUCCACCGAUGGUUUUACUGUACGAUAAUUGCUUCCCGUUUGUAAUCGAAUUUACUCCAG